AAAACAAAAAUUUUAGAAUUCCUUCUUCUGGGAUUUUCAGAGGAGCCAGAAUUGCAGCCCCUCAUAUUCGGGCUGUUCCUCUCCAUGUACCUGGUCACCAUGUGUGGAAACCUGCUCAUCAUCCUGGCCACCAUCUCCGACUCCCACCUGCACACCCCCAUGUACUUCUUCCUCUCCAACCUGUCCUUUGUGGACAUCUGCUUCACCUCCACCACCAUCCCCAAAAUGCUGGUGAACAUCCAGACACAGAGCGAGGUCAUUACCUAUGAAGGCUGCAUCACCCAGAUGUUCUUUUUCAUACUCUUUGUAGUGUUGGAUGACUUUCUGCUGACCAUAAUGGCCUAUGACCGAUUUGUGGCCAUCUGUCACCCCCUGCACUACACCGUCAUGAUGAACCCCCAGCUCUGUGUGUUGCUGGUGCUCACAUCCUGGAUCGUGAGUGUCUUGAAUUCCUUGAUACAAAGCUUAAUGGUGUUGCAGCUGUCCUUCUGUACGCUCUUGGAAAUUCCCCAUUUUUUCUGCGAAAUCAAUCAGGUGGUUCACCUGGCCUGUUCUGACACCUUUCUGAAUGACAUGGUGACCUAUUUUGCAGCUGGGCUUCUGGGUGGCCUUCCCCUCUCUGGUAUCCUUUACUCUUACUAUAAGAUAGUUUCCUCUAUGUCUGCAAUCUCUUCCGCCCAGGGAAAGUAUAAAGCAUUUUCCACCUGUGCCUCUCACCUCUUUGCGGUCUGCUUGUUUUAUGGUACAAGCAUAGGUGUGUACCUGAGUUCUGACACUACCCGCAGCUCACACGCAAGUGCAACAGCAUCCGUGAUGUACACUGUGGUCACCCCCAUGCUGAACCCCUUCAUCUACAGUCUGAGGAACAAAGACAUAAAGAGGGCUCUGAGAAGAUUCUUUGGAGGAAACUAUAAAAGGAUUAAUUUUUUUCAGGGAAUGAGGAAGUGA